GGGAGUCUACAGGGGAGGGGGUUUGGUCGUCAGAUCAUUGCAGAGAGGCUGGUGGUGUGCGCUCUCUCUCCGCAGGGCCACAGACUGACUACUCCCCUUUCUCUCCAAUAUGGACUGGACGCGGCCGAUUCUGCACUCUAUUUCCUAACGAGGCGCGACGCAAACUACGCCUGUUGUGGGACAUCUCAGAUGGAAUCGAUCAUAUGUGAAGAUUGAAGCCCGUGAGAUCUGGAAUAUACACACCUUUUACCUUUUGCUGCGCUUUCUGAAACGGUCUCUGAAACUACGCCCGCUUUUUUCCUUCUUCUUCUGGCUGUUGCAGCAUCCUUUUCGAUCCGUUUGCGAGCGAAUCGCGCCGAUUUGAUUAUCGAUUAUCAGCCAGCGGCACUGCUAUCAUGUUUCCUUAGGUAGGGCCCGGAUGUUCCAAAGAUGCACUGGUUCGUUUUCUUAGGUGGCUCCUGCGAUUAUCCUUUCCUGAUCUUUAGCUCCAUAAUGGGGAUCAGGUAAUAUUAACUAAGCCGCAAGAGGAGGAAUAUCUUACGCUUUGCGUUUUUCAUUUUUUCUUCCCCCCUUUUCUUUCAUUUCUUUCCCCUGGGUUGUUUUUUCUCCCCCUUGCCUUUUUUACAACCUUUUCUUCAUUCACCUUCGGAUAAAGCUGGACCACAUAUAUGGUAAAUGAAAGCAAAAACAUGUACAUACCGGAGGACACCCUUGAAAACCAUCAAGGCUCCAACUACUCCAGUCCGUCGUUGGCUCCGGUCCCCAGUCUGAAUGAGGACGAGCAUGUGGGGGGCGGGGGUGGGGUGCUGGGUCUUGCACCUGAACACAUUCCCACCCCUGGUGCCCCCCUUAGUUGGCAGGCAGCCAUUGACGCGGCACGGCAGGCCAAGCUGAUGGGCACCACCGGAGCACCGAUCUCCACUGCGAGCUCCACGCAGCGCAAACGCCAGCAUUACACCAAACCCAAGAAACAGGCCAGCACUGCCUCCACGCGACCACCCCGAGCCCUUCUCUGCCUCACUCUCAAAAACCCCAUCCGCAGGGCGUGCAUCAAUAUCGUGGAAUGGAAACCGUUUGAAAUCAUAAUUUUGAUGACUAUUUUUGCAAACUGUGUGGCCUUAGCUGUCUACAUCCCUUUCCCUGAGGACGAUUCCAACGCAACCAACUCAAACCUGGAACGGGUGGAGUAUCUCUUUCUGAUCAUUUUUACGGUGGAAGCCUUUCUGAAAGUUAUUGCAUAUGGGCUGCUGUGUCACCCUAAUGCAUACCUGCGGAAUGGCUGGAACUUGUUGGAUUUCAUCAUUGUGGUCGUAGGGCUCUUCAGUGCAAUAUUAGAGCAGGCCACUAAAGGGGAUGGUGGUACUUCAAUGGGAGGCAAAGCUGCAGGGUUUGAUGUAAAAGCCCUUCGAGCCUUUAGAGUGUUGAGACCUCUGAGACUCGUGUCUGGAGUACCUAGUUUACAGGUGGUGCUGAACUCCAUCAUUAAAGCCAUGGUUCCCCUCCUUCACAUCGCUCUGCUUGUUCUGUUCGUCAUCAUCAUUUACGCCAUCAUCGGCCUCGAGCUCUUCAUGGGCAAGAUGCAUAGAACCUGUUUCUUCUUCAAAGAUGGACACAAAGGUCAUAUAGCUGAAGAGAAGCCGGCCCCCUGCGCUCCAAGUUCCGCCCAUGGAAGACACUGCUCUCCGCCCAACAUAACGCAGUGCAUGAUGGGAUGGGAGGGCCCAAAUGAUGGAAUCACGAACUUUGAUAACUUUGCAUUUGCCAUGCUGACUGUGUUUCAGUGCAUCACAAUGGAGGGCUGGACUGAUGUCCUGUACUGGAUGCAGGAUGCCAUGGGUUAUGAGCUUCCCUGGGUCUAUUUUGUCAGUCUGGUCAUCUUUGGAUCCUUUUUCGUUCUUAAUCUGGUUCUUGGUGUGUUGAGCGGAGAGUUCUCUAAAGAGCGAGAAAAGGCCAAAGCUCGUGGUGAUUUUCAGAAGCUCCGUGAGAAGCAGCAGCUGGAGGAGGAUCUAAAGGGCUACCUGGACUGGAUCACGCAAGCAGAGGAUAUUGACCCUGAGAAUGAUGACGAGGGACUAGAUGACGACAAGCCUAGAAAUCUGAGUAUGCCGGCCAGUGAAAAUGAGUCAGUGAACACUGAUAAUGCUCCAGCUGGAGACAUGGAAGGAGAGACCUGCUGUACCCGCAUGGCAAAUAGGAUCUCCAAAUCCAAAUUCAGUCGAUAUUCACGCCGGUGGAAUCGGUUAUGUCGACGUAAGUGCCGUGCAGCAGUGAAAUCAAACGUCUUCUACUGGCUGGUGAUUUUUCUGGUAUUUUUGAACACACUUACUAUUGCCUCAGAGCACCACCAGCAGCCGGACUGGCUCACCAAUGUACAAGAUAUAGCCAAUAAGGUGCUGCUGGCUCUCUUUACCGGUGAGAUGCUGUUAAAGAUGUACAGUCUGGGCCUACAGGCCUAUUUUGUCUCCCUUUUCAACCGCUUUGACAGCUUUGUGGUGUGCGGUGGGAUUCUGGAAACCAUCCUGGUGGAGACCAAAAUUAUGUCACCCCUGGGCAUCUCUGUGCUGCGCUGCGUACGUCUGCUUCGCAUCUUCAAGAUCACCAGAUACUGGAACUCUCUGAGUAAUCUGGUGGCGUCUCUGUUGAACUCUGUGCGUUCGAUCGCAUCCCUGUUACUGCUGCUCUUCCUCUUCAUUAUCAUCUUCAGUCUGCUUGGAAUGCAGCUCUUUGGUGGAAAGUUCAACUUUGAUGAGACACGACGCAGCACAUUUGAUAAUUUCCCCCAGUCUCUCCUCACCGUCUUUCAGAUUUUGACCGGAGAGGACUGGAACUCUGUGAUGUACGAUGGCAUUAUGGCAUACGGAGGGCCGUCCUUUCCUGGCAUGCUUGUCUGCAUUUACUUCAUCAUCCUCUUCAUCUGCGGAAACUACAUCCUCCUGAAUGUCUUCUUGGCCAUUGCUGUGGACAACCUCGCAGACGCAGAGAGUCUAACAUCAGCGCAGAAAGAGGAAGAGGAGGAGAAAGAGAGAAAGAAGCUGGCCAGAACGGCCAGUCCAGAGAAGCGCCAGAACUCUGAGAAGCCACCCCUAGAGGAUGAAAAGAAAGAGGAAAAAAUUGAACUCAAAUCCAUCACUUCAGAUGGAGAGACGCCAACUGCCACCAAGAUCAACAUAGAUGAGUACACAGGGGAGGACAAUGAAGAGAAGAAUCCAUAUCCUGUCAACGAUUUCCCAGCAGGGGAGGAUGACGAGGAGGAGCCAGAGAUGCCAGUAGGUCCUCGUCCACGUCCACUCUCUGACAUUCAGCUGAAGGAAAAAGCCGUCCCCAUGCCACAAGCCAAAGCCUUCUUUAUUUUCAGCCCCAGUAACAAGUUCAGGGUUUUGUGUCAUAAGAUUGUAAACCACAACAUCUUCACCAAUUUAAUCCUGUUCUUCAUACUGCUGAGCAGUAUUUCACUGGCAGCGGAGGACCCAGUGAAGAAUGACUCAUUCAGGAAUCAGAUUCUAGGCUAUGCAGAUUAUGUGUUUACAGGAAUCUUCACCAUAGAGAUCAUAUUAAAGAUGACAGCGUAUGGAGCAUUUCUUCAUAAGGGUUCAUUUUGUCGGAAUUAUUUUAAUAUUUUGGAUCUGGUGGUGGUCAGUGUGUCUCUGAUCUCCUCUGGAAUUCAGUCAAGUGCCAUUAAUGUAGUGAAGAUUCUCAGAGUGCUGAGGGUGUUGAGGCCCCUGAGAGCAAUCAACAGAGCCAAGGGCCUCAAACAUGUGGUUCAGUGUGUAUUUGUUGCCAUCCGCACCAUCGGGAAUAUCGUCAUCGUCACCUCUUUGCUGCAGUUCAUGUUUGCCUGUAUUGGUGUUCAACUCUUCAAGGGCAAAUUCUUCUACUGCACAGACACUUCUAAACAGACGCAGGCUGAGUGCAGAGGGGCCUACAUACUGUACAAGGAUGGGAAUGUUGGGAAGCCAGAGAAAGCUCAACGCUCUUGGGAGAACAGUGACUUCAACUUUGAUGAUGUCCUGCAGGGCAUGAUGGCUCUGUUUGCUGUAUCCACUUUUGAGGGUUGGCCAGGGCUCCUCUACAGAGCCAUUGACUCCCACGCAGAGGAUGUUGGGCCGAUCUACAACUACCGUGUGGUCAUCUCCAUAUUCUUCAUCAUCUACAUUAUCAUCAUCGCCUUCUUCAUGAUGAACAUAUUCGUAGGUUUCGUCAUUGUGACGUUUCAGGAGCAGGGAGAACAGGAGUACAAAAACUGUGAGCUGGACAAGAACCAGCGUCAGUGUGUGGAGUAUGCCCUAAAGGCUCGUCCCCUACGCAGGUACAUUCCCAAAAACCCAUAUCAGUACAAAGUCUGGUACGUGGUGAACUCCACCUACUUCGAGUACCUGAUGUUCACCCUCAUCCUUCUCAACACCAUCUGCCUGGCCAUGCAGCACCAUGGUCAAUCUCAGUCUUUCAACAAAGCCAUGAAUAUCCUCAAUAUGUUGUUCACCGGCCUCUUCACUGUGGAAAUGAUCCUCAAACUCAUCGCCUUCAAACCCAGGGGUUACUUUAGUGACCCCUGGAAUGUUUUUGACUUCCUCAUCGUAAUUGGCAGCAUUAUAGACGUCAUUCUGAGUGAGAUCAACCCAGCUGACCCCUCCUCCUCUCCCCCCUCCUCUGUGGUAAGACCAAUGGGCCUCCAAAACACUGAGGAUAACGCCAGGAUCUCAAUCACGUUCUUUCGGCUGUUCCGCGUGAUGAGGCUGGUGAAGCUCCUGUCUCGGGGAGAGGGUAUUCGGACAUUGCUCUGGACCUUCAUUAAAUCCUUUCAGGCUCUUCCCUAUGUUGCAUUGCUGAUCGUAAUGCUGUUCUUCAUUUAUGCCGUCAUUGGGAUGCAGAUGUUUGGCAAAAUCGCCCUGAGGGACAACAGCCAGAUCAACCGAAACAACAACUUUCAGACAUUUCCUCAGGCUGUUCUGCUGCUCUUCAGGUGUGCGACAGGAGAGGCGUGGCAGGAAAUCAUGCUGGCCUGUUCUCCAAACCGCCCUUGUGAGAAGGGGUCAGAGAUCAACCAUUCCACUGAAGACUGUGGCAGUCACUUUGCCAUCUUCUACUUUGUUAGCUUUUAUAUGCUUUGCGCCUUCCUGAUCAUUAACCUUUUUGUGGCUGUCAUCAUGGACAACUUUGACUAUUUAACACGUGAUUGGUCGAUACUGGGGCCGCAUCAUCUGGAUGAGUUCAAAAGAAUAUGGGCAGAAUAUGAUCCUGAGGCUAAGGGUCGGAUAAAGCAUCUGGAUGUAGUGACGUUACUGCGCAGAAUUCAGCCACCUCUUGGAUUUGGAAAGCUUUGUCCACAUAGAGUAGCAUGCAAGCGGCUUGUGUCUAUGAACAUGCCUCUCAAUAGUGAUGGAACGGUGAUGUUUAAUGCAACUCUCUUUGCCCUGGUACGAACGGCUCUACGCAUCAAAACCGAAGGUAACCUGGAGCAGGCGAAUGAGGAGCUCAGGGCCAUUGUGAAGAAGAUUUGGAAGAGGACAAGCAUGAAGCUGCUGGAUCAAGUUGUUCCCCCUGCUGGAGAUGAUGAAGUCACAGUGGGGAAGUUCUAUGCUACAUUCCUAAUUCAGGAAUACUUCAGGAAAUUCAAGAAGCGCAAGGAACAGGGCCUGGUGGCCAAAAUACCCCCAAAGACUGCUCUUUCACUGCAGGCUGGCCUGCGAACACUACAUGAUAUGGGUCCAGAGAUCAGAAGAGCGAUAUCAGGAGAUUUGACCGUGGAGGAGGAGCUGGAAAGGGCCAUGAAGGAAACCGUGUGUGCUGCUUCUGAGGAUGAUAUCUUCAGGGUAAAGCGGUCUGGUGGCCUCUUCGGUAACCAUGUAAACUACUACCACCAGAGUGAUGGCCACGCUUCCUUCCCACAGUCCUUCACAACACAGCGGCCAUUGCACAUAAGUAAAUCCGGCAGUCCCGGCGAGGCUGAAUCUCCCUCUCAUCAGAAGCUAGUGGACUCCACCUUCACUCCCAGCAGUUACUCUUCCUCAGGAUCCAACGCCAACAUCAACAACGCCAACAACACCGCCAUCGGACACCGCUAUCCCAAACCUACUGUCAGCACGGUGGACGGACAAACAGGGCCUCCCCUCACCACCAUCCCACUACCACGACCCACAUGGUGCUUUCCUAACAAGAGGAGCUGUUUCUAUGACACUUUCAUGCGCUCUGAUUCCAGUGAUAGUCGUCUCCCUAUAAUACGGCGAGAGGAAGCAUCUACAGAUGAGACAUAUGAUGAAACAUUUCUAGAUGAGAGAGAUCAAGCCAUGCUCUCCAUGGACAUGCUGGAAUUUCAGGAUGAAGAAAGCAAGCAACUGGCUCCUAUGGUGGAGGCAGAAGUAGGGGAAGAGAGGAGGCCGUGGCAGUCUCCACGGCGACGGGCCUUUCUCUGCCCCACUGCGCUGGGUCGACGGUCUUCCUUUCACUUGGAGUGUCUGAGAAAGCAUAACAGACCUGACGUUUCUCAGAAGACAGCACUACCAUUGCACCUAGUGCAUCAUCAGGCUCUGGCCGUGGCAGGGUUAAGUCCCUUGCUGAGACGGAGUCACUCUCCGACACUGUUCACACGUCUGUGUUCCACACCUCCUGCGAGUCCCAGUGGCCGCAGUGGUGGAGGGCCAUGCUAUCAGCCUGUUCCCUCUCUGCGGCUGGAGGGCAGCGGAUCUUACGAGAAGCUCAACAGCAGCAUGCCGUCUGUGAACUGCAGCUCGUGGUACAGCGACAGUAACGGCAACCACAGCGGGAGGACGCAGCGACCCGUGUCCCUUACAGUUCCUCCGGUCACGCGCAGAGACUCUAUAUCCCUGGCACACGGGAGUGCCGGCAGUCUUGUGGAGGCGGUGUUGAUAUCUGAGGGUUUGGGUCGCUAUGCACAUGAUCCCUCCUUCAUCCAGGUAGCGAAGCAGGAAAUAGCGGAGGCCUGCGACAUGACCAUGGAGGAGAUGGAGAACGCGGCAGACAACAUUCUCAACGCUAACGCACCACCCAACGCCAACGGAAACCUGCUACCCUUCAUACAGUGCAGAGACACUGGCUCGCAGGAGUCCCGUUGCAGCCUCUCACUGGGCCUUUCUCCCGCCACAGGCUCUGACGGGGCACUGGAGGCGGAGCUAGAGGGCUCAGAGGGGGCGGAGCAGCGGAACAGCACUCUGAUGGAUGACGAGGACAUGGAGUGCGUCACGAGUUUGUAGGGGGAACAGCAGCAGCACGGAGGACGUCCUGUGUCUUAGCCAAGCUCUCUCUGAGGACACUGCUGUCCUGCAGUCUGACCUGUCUGUUGCGUGUACCUAUAGGGGUAUAAGGCCAUUCUGCUUAGCUGAGACCGAGUUGGUUUUUAGUUUGUCUGUGUGUUUGCGAGAGCACGAGCGAGUAGGCGUGUGUACAUGUUUGUGUGCGUGUUUCUAAAAGUGCCUCACAGUUCUCACAACCUUGAUUGCAGUAAGAAAACGAAACCCUGACCGUGCAGGGAAUGAAGGGAAAAGAUGUGCUGUUGUUGCCCAAGCAGUAAGGUCUGUCCACCGGUGGGAGGACAGAAUGAGUUUGCGCUGACCUGUGUGUGGCGGUUGGACUCAUCGGCGUGGAUGUAUGGUGCCGAGCAGGUGGAUCUUGAAGGCCAGAUCAGGAAUCUGCUGUCCAGGAGCCAUUGCUGGUUCAAGGGAUGCUCAGAGGGACACAUUGGAGCGGCUCUGUCUUUCCUUUUAAGGAGCUGUCCUUCCAUCCAUCCAUAAAUUUGUUCUUCAGGAGAUGUGUUGUCCGCAAACACCCUCAUGUCAUCUUUCUCCCUCUGCUUUUUACGUUUGAGUUCUGCCCAUUCUUCUCUAGAUAAGCCUGCACAUAGCUUUUCUUUUUACGAGCAGAAGACUGAAUUCCCUGAAUUACUCUUUCUCGUGUACCGUUACGGCUUUCUGGAAGCUGUGCAAGGUAUGGGUCAUUGCAUCAGUGGCCUUUUAUUCCAGAUCUGCUUCAGGUUUUAUUUUCUGUUUUAUUUUCCAGCAUUGUAAUGUUGUUGAUUGCACACAGAUGCUGUUUUAUUUUCAUUUUUCUUAAAUUAUUACUAUUAUUAUUGAAGCCGUUUAAGGUGUUUAUGCCAGAUGCAGUGUUGUGAAUCGAAUGCCUCUUCUCCACAGACACACAAAAAUUAUUUAUUUAUUUAUUCCUGUCAGAGGUGGAGGGUUUUCUUGGGGGGUUUGUUCUCUUUUUUUUGGGGGGGGGGGUAGCUCUCAAGCUGUAAAUGAACAGUGUCACUCGCCUGGACGCAGGAAGCACUGACGGGUCUCAUGGUUCCCCUUGCUGCUGCUGAAUCGGACAUUUGUUUGCUCUGAAACUACUGACGUUUCUUCACUGCUGAUCUCCAGAGAAACAUUCAGCUGACAGCUGCGAUUCUGUCAUGAUCCCACCUGCUCGACACAGGAAACAGCAGAUUUUCUGAAGGUCAGUAAAGGUGCACUUUGAGGAGAGGAAGGGUGGAGUAUUCAGGGAUGUCUGGGUAGCGCAUCAUUAAAAAAACUCUAAUGUAGUUCACACAGGGCUAAAUAUAUGACCAUCAUUAUGAAAGUACCAACAUCAGCAGCGUCAUCAUCAUCAUAUAAUGUUAUUGAUUGCUACUAUUAUUACUAUUAUUGUUAAGGAUAUUUUUCUGCUGGGUUUAGCACUGUUUCCAUGCAGUUCGGCAGACACACAGAGAACUAUUUAUCGAUCUAUUAUGCAAAUAAGGUGUUGAAGCGUUAGCAUUGUGUUGGUUAAAUGUGUGAACGGGGUGGAAGAUGUCCCCUAAACACAUGCGCUGAUGAGAAACCUGACCAAUCCACUUCCAGGCGUCUCUGUUCGUGCCACACUAGACCGGGUUAGAAGUUCUGUCACCAUUUUGCACAUUAUUUCAGAUGAUAUAAAUCUCUCUUUCCAUAUAUGAAAAGAUAAUUGACUAUUUUUGUCUAGCUGACUCUUCACUUUCUACACAGAGCGUCCUGGCGUUUGGUCCCAGGCCUCGAACAUGGCAUUUUAUUUCCGUCUCCAGUCAAAUCCUGUGCUGUUUUACUUUUCUGGGUUUUUUUUUUUAGUUGUGAAUGAGUUCCUGAAUGUUUACAGGAGGUCUCUGUUCUGAGGAUGAUGCAAAGCUUGUGAAAAAAAACGAGACAAACAAACGUGACAAAUGUAGCCAGAACCCACCUGCUCUGUUCCAAAGCCGCCACCACACCCUCAUAUCUCCUACACACACGUGCCAUAUGUCAUUGUGAGGCUGCCCCAGGCAUAUUUCGAGGCCUUGGUUGUGUACGUGUGCAAGUUUCUCCGUGUUUAGCAUAUGCAGUGCAGAAACGAGUGCAUUUUGAGUGGUGUUUGUGUUAGUUUAUGCAGAAUGAGUGCGUGAGUGCAUGCGUAUGUGCUUGCAUACCACAAGAUAUGCAAAAACAAUGCAAUAACUUUGACUGUACAACAGUUUCCUUCAGAACUACAGCUGUACAAAAAUCUAAGAUACAGAGAGAAAUAUAUUCACUGUUGUGUAUUAAGUUACAGAACUUUAAAUUGAAGAAACCUGUCAUACUUGAAAUCGGGUGCAUUUGAGUAUUGAGUAUUUUGAAAUAAUCUUGUGCGGGUCAGUUUGGUUCGAUGUUUUUCUUCCGUUGGUUUCAAUUAUCUCUGCAUGAGGAUUCUUUUGGUGUGCCAAGCGUUUUGAGUAACUUCUUUUCUUGUUUUCAUUUGAAACAUUGAGGAAACACUGAUGACGAGGAGCGAAGGUGUAAAUACAGACGGAGGAGAGAAGCGUCUUGUUGGUGUGAAAAUGAUUUUGCAUAUCUUGUGCUCAGCUGAAAGGUGCAUGAUACGCAAGAGCAGCUCUCUCUCUUUCACUCUCGCUUUUUCCCCCUUAUCUUUUCAUUCACUCACCCUUCUUGUCCUUUCUUCAGCAGACAUCACAGUGAAGGCGUUUUAUUGCUACCCUCACGCCUUUCAAAUGUUGGUCAUGCACAUUAAUUCUCGCUCUUGUUUGAGGCUUUAAGCAAAAACAUUAGAAACCUCCCCAUCAUUUCUAAAGUCUCAUGGACAAUCUGUGUUCAGUGAGGAGGUUUAGGUUGGAAACAAUGAAUUUGGAUGCUAAGCUUGAAUUUUAGGUUCUCGUUUUUGUUUUAUUUGCAUGAAGUCUGAAGAAUCAGCCUAGCAGACAAAAUCCUCCUCUCCCUUCAUUAGCCGAUGAUUGUAUAUUUUUAUAGACUUAUAGAAGAUAAUGAACUCAUAUAAAGAGAAAAUAUAAACUCAUCUAUAUCUGCUGAAUGUCAGGGUUAAAAUGGCUACACGCAAAACGUGUUUGAGAAUGUAUGUAGUGACUACGUAUAGAUAGAACAUUUAAAUUUAUGAUAGAGAAAUAUAGAGUUAAUCAUUCGUAUUCACCGCAGUAGCUCCUUUUGAAACUCCGGCCUGUUUUUAAGCAGGAUGUUUGGGCGUUUUUUGCUGAGGGAGGAGUGCAAUGAGAUUAAUCAUGGGAUUUUUGAAUCCGAGGGCUUUUUCACAGCUGCUUAAUUCAGAUCAACACAUCACGUUCCCCUCCGAGCACCUGCACAUGAUAGAACAGUGUGGAAAAGCCACAAGCUUUCAUGACACAAAAGCAGCCCCUGUGUUGAAUAAAACCGCCAAUGAAUGAACACAGAGAGCUGUCCGCUCAGGCCUUGGGGAAAUGUACCAAAUAUUUGACUGAAUAUUUUAUUAGUUGCUCAGUGAGGUGUUUGCCCAAAUGGUUGUAAUGUAGCUUUUCUUCUCUCAGAGAAUCUGAAGUUCAUUUAUAUAUUUUAAUAUAUGAGAAAUAUUUAUCAGAUGGAAGUUUAGAUAUUUCGCACCGCUGGAGGGAAUGGCUGAAGGAGAAUGACAUUUCAGCAGAGGAAGCGUAAGUCGCUCUCCUGAUUGAUUGUGCUUUAUAUUUCGGUUCGCCAUUUGUAGCAGUAGUGUGCACACGAUUUUCGACAAUUUAAAUCAGUAAUGUAUGCAUUUGGAAACCUAAUCCCCUUGGAAAACAGAAAAUAAUAGCCCUUGGUUAUCAAAGUAUCCAUAAAAAUUGAGCAGCAUUGUUAAAUUGUUCAAGUUACCGCAGUUCGACAGGUUGUGUUUUAUCUUUAGGUUGUCUUUUGUUGUUUUUUGGAUAAACCCAGUGACGCACAAACACAAAACGUUAGUGGAUUUAUUAAGGACAUCUGCUGUCCAAGUACUCGUUCGGGUGUUUCUGGGUUCAUUCGUGCUCGUGUGCCAAUCGUGCAUGUGUCAGACUGAAGAAGCGUGCCAUUGGGGUUGACCUCUGACCCAGAGAAAGCCUGGACAGGUGCAAUGUCUGCCCUCUGGUUUAACCUUUGUGUAGCACGUAUCUCUAAUGUCCUCCUUUAUAUGACUGUUAAUUUGAUAUUAUAAGUUAAUGUAGUGCGUUAAUGAGUUUUAAUGAUAAACUAAAAGCUAAGGUGGUGAUGCAAUAAUCACAAUUUGCACAUUUAAACCACAUUUAGUUUGACACAUCGUACACAUAAUCCAAGUAAAGGAUGAAUUUAUGCAUAGAUUUUAGCUUUCGUGUAAAUAUUAAUUUCGCCCUAAGUUCUAAAAAACGUUGAUCUCGCCAUAGUUUCAUUUCAACAGGUUGGUGGGAUGAUAACGAAAGCAGAUUUAUUGAGAGACAGGUCUUCGGUGCUGUUUGGUGCACUGAACGCAUUUGCAGCCCAGUAUUGUGGGUAGGACAGGGCCUAAUGAAUGCAGAUUUAUAUGAACCACUCUGAGGAUUUCAAGUGGCAUUCCCCCACAUCUAGUUCCACCCAGCGAAUGUAGCACUAGAGACAGAAAGAAAUGGGAGGAACACUAAAGACGAAGAUGAAGAGCUCAAAUAGUUAAUAUUGCACAAAUGCCAUGUAUGAGUGAAUAUAUUUUAAAUUGUAUUCUUUACAACAUCCUGCUUUCUUUCUGCAGAGAUGCAAGUAAUACUCGAUUUGAUUGCAUUGAGGCUUGAUUUGUUGGCUCACAGGACUGGUGGAGUUUCUGUUUUAGAGGCGCAAUUUUCCUGCGGUCCAACAGACUCACAAAACUAGGAAUCUUCGAGUGGAUUGUCUCAGUUGCUUUAUUUGGUUACCACACGAGCAGAUUCUGUAGUUUCGAUUGACGAUGCGGACGGGAAGUGUAGUCUCAAGGUCCUGAACUGUUUGUUAGUUUUGCGAGCUGAAUUAAAAUUAGAUGCGUAUCGUGCUUUUGGUAGAAUUCGAAGGCAUCAGUGCUGACCAUUCAGGUCUCUCACGAAAAACACCAUCAGAGGUCAUUCACAUUUUGGACAAUUGAAUCGAGUUUAGACCCCAGGUGUUAUUGAGAACUCUGUGAGACGUCUGCAUGGUCUGUCAUUCCCUCCUCUACUUUUGCUGAGACUCUUUUGUUUCAUUUCAUCAUUCUUUCAUUUGUUCAUUUAGAUUUUAAAAAGAAUACACUACGUAAAUCUGAAGAUUCAAUCACUUUUUCUACUCCUAUUUUCAAAAAAAAAAGUGAAAAGGAAAAAAAAAACAACUAAAAAUUGGAUUUGUAAAUAAGUGAUUGUACAGUUUGUAUCUGUAUCUGUCAGUCUGUCUUUGGUGACAGAGUGUGUCUUGCUUAUAACGCACGCUACCAGUAAAUAAAAACUAAAAAAUAUCUUUAGAUUGUAUGGUUCUUGACAGGAAGUUUUAAAUUAAUCUCUGCUGUAUAUUCCUGUAAUAUUGCAUUUUUAUCUGAGGAAUGAUGUUAUUAAACAAUUGCAAAUAAAGUGAAUUUCCUAAG